GCCAGCCGCGGGAGUGCGGGGCGUGCGGUUGACAGGUGCGCUGAGAGGCGGUUCGGGGUGGGGGGCCGCGGCCAGAGAGACGGCGCGAGGCCUGAGGGGAGGCGACGCGGCGGUGGCGAUGCUGGAGACCCUGCGCGAGCGGCUGCUGAGCGUGCAGCAGGAUUUCGCCUCCGGGCUAAAGACUUUGAGUGACAAGUCAAAAGAAGCUAAAGUAAAAAGCAAACCCAGGACUGUUCCAUAUUUGCCAAGGUACUCUGCUGGACUGGAAUUACUUAGCAGAUAUGAAGAUACCUGGGCUGCACUUCACAGAAGAGCCAAAGAAUGUGCAAAUGCUGGAGAGUUGGUGGACAGCGAGGUGGUCAUGCUUUCAGCACACUGGGAGAAAAAGAAGACCAGCCUGAUAGAGCUGCAAGAACAGCUCCAGCAGCUUCCAGGUUUAAUAGCAGACCUAGAAUCCAUGACAGCAAAUCUGGCUCACUUAGAAGCUAGCUUUGAGGAAGUAGAAAACCACCUGCUGCAUCUGGAGGAUUUGUGUGGGCAGUGUGAGUUAGAAAGGUACAAACAUACGCAGUCCCAGCACCUGGAGAAUUACAAGAAAAGUAAGAGGUGAGU